AUGAAUUCUGGACCUUGUGGGAUCUGUCAAGAGAAGCCUGCCAAGUACAGAUGUCCGAAAUGCUCGGUAAAAUAUUGUUCUUUAGCUUGCUAUAAGGAUACAGAGAGACAUAAAGAUGAUGAGCCUAAAGCCACAGAGCCAACAGUCGAUGCCACAUGCAAGGAUGUGACGAAGGCUGAAGAUGGAGAUUCACUACAGCUGACGCCGGAAUUGAAGGAAUUGCUGCGGUACAAUACGGUUAAAUUCCACCUGGGAAAAGUCUACAGAAUAUUAAAGACUGAUAUAGGCGACACCAACGACCCAUCUUUCGCUAUGACGAGUGAUAUGAAACGGCAGCUGGCGAUUGAUUAUCUGAAUACGCUGAGGUAUGGUGGAAUUCACCAUAAUGAAGCUAUCGAAGAGUUUUGCGAGCACUCUUUAAAGCUGGUAAACGGUCAGCAGGACUAA